AUGGAUCUUAAGAAAGACUCAGAAAUUCAAUAACCUUUACUAAAAUAGGAAAAGAAUACUUAAUCAUCACUAGAUGAAACAAAGAAAAAUCUUCUCCCUGCCGAAUAUCAAUGGAUUUUGGAUGAUUAUAAGGAAGUUGACUAUUCUAAGGUAGAGGCUAGGAUUAAAAGCAUCCCAUUCAAUCUAAAGCGUGCUGGAGCAAAUAUUGAGGUCAAAGAAAUAUCAUUAAUUCUUCAUAAAAAUAUCAUGAUAGCAGAAUACCACAUCGAAUAGGAAGACUUAUAUGCUGAGGAAAAAUGUACAAUUGAUAUUCAUGACUUAAGCACUUACUAAAUCAUCAAAACAAUUGAGUUAGAAGAUGUAUUUGAAUAGAGCAGACUCUGUCACUAAAACUUCAAUGAUGUAGACUAUUGUUUCUAUUAAUAAGGUUAAUUUGUUUACUUAAUGAAGCUUGAUGAUUUUAUUGAAGAAUGA